GAAGACUGCACGCUGCAGGUCUCGCCCUCCGGCCACUACCUGGACCUCGACUUGUCCUUGCUGGAGCAGAAAGAUGAUCUGGAGGGUUUCUACGAGGAGGUCAGGAAGGGGAGACGGCCGACCCUCAUCCUGCGCACGCAGCUCUCCGUCCGAGUCCAUGCCAUCAUUGAGAAGCUGUACAACUCGCAGGGGCCGGAGCUGCGGCGAUCCCUCUUCUCCCUCAAGCAGCUCUUUCAGGAGGACAAGGACCUGGUGCCGGAGUUCGUGAACCUGGAGGGGUUGACGUGCCUGAUCAAAGUGGGGGCAGAGGCCGACCAGAACUACCAGAAUUACAUCCUCCGGGCCCUGAGCCAGAUCAUGCUCUUCGUGGACGGGAUGCAGGGUGUCAUCAACCACAACGAGACCGUCCAGUGGCUGUACACGCUGUCGGGAAGCCCGGUAAGGUCCCGCUGCCCUUGGGGGGGUGACCUGUCCCCAUCCCUGCCUGUGGCUCUGGUCUUCGUGGAGUACACGGAGCCCAACGCGCUGCUCCUCAUUCGCGCCGUCAACGCUGUGGACCAGGCAAGAGGCACGUGCCCGUGGUCCAACCUGAUGGCCAUCCUGGAGCAACGCAACGGGGCUGACACGGAGCUGCUGGUGUUCGCCAUGACGCUGAUCAACAAGGUCUUGGGGGACACGGGGGUGGUGGGGCAUCCCGGUGAUGCCACGCUGGUGGGGCUCGGCGUGGGCUGCGCCAAACUGCCCCUGUCUGGGCCAUGGGCCCUCAGGCGGGAGGAUGCCCCCCCCUUGCGUGGGGACAAGCCUAUUUUGAGGAAAUUUGAAGCUCGCUUCUUGGAGAACCUGGCUGCAGCCCAGAAGGAGAAGAUCUCUUCCAUGGCCAAGGGACGGCUCGAUGUCUUCGGCGAUGCUGCGCUGGAGCAUCCUACUGCUCUCGCAUGGGACAGGGAUGGUGGCACACCUGAGCCCGGGACAGAGCCACCCAGGUCUCACCUGGCUCGGCUGGAUACCACCGACUCCUGCAGCACCAUCUCCUCUGACACCAAGUUUAUGCUGGACAUGCUCUACUCCAAGGGCUCCUCGGAGCCAGGGAGGGAGAAGGUUCUCCCAGAGGUCCCGUCAUCCCCCGUGGUCCAGGGUGAGGUGGAGAUGGACGUUGAGGGAGGUGGCAACCGGGAGCAGGAGGCCACUUGGUCCCGCAGCAGGGCUCCGGACGGGCCAGUGGCCAGCGCCCACGCCAAGCUGGCACGUGCCAUGUCCAACGUAGAUGCCGAGACCCACACACAGAAGUUGGAGAACACCGGGAUGAUGCCCAUCAAGAAGGACGUGGAGCUGACAUGGGAGCGCCUGGAGGCCAGCCCCGUGCAGCUGAAGAUCAAGGACCUGGACUUCACUGAUCUGGGGGAAGAAGAAGACUUUGACAUCCUGGACACGGGGCCCAUGACCAACGGCUCCUCCCUUCCUCCCAGAAUUGAAGCAACAAACGCUGGAGCUCUCAUGGUUCCCCCUCCACCUCCUGGGGUCCUCGGCUGCCCACCACCUCCACCUCCACCUCCUGGGGUCCCCGGCUGCCCACCACCUCCACCUCCUCCUGGCUGCCCACUCUUACCAGGGCUGCCAAGCGCCUCAGCAACGGAUGGCCCCUCACAGGCCAAGAAGAAGAGGACAGUAAAGCUCUUCUGGAAGGAGCUGAAACAGCUGGAUGGCACUGUGGGGCCGGGCAGGUUCGGCCAGGCGACACUGUGGGCGUCCCUGCAGAAUGUCGAGGUCAAUGUUGCCAAACUGGAGCAUCUCUUUGAGUCACGGUCAAAGGAAGCGCCAACUUCAAAGAAGGCCAUCGAUGGGAAGAAGGUGGUGGUGGUGCUGGACCCCAAGAGGAGCAAUGCCAUCAACAUUGGCCUCACGGUGCUGCCACCUGUGCACAUCAUCAAGACAGCUGUGCUCAACUUUGACGAGUUUGCGGUCAAUAAGGAAGGGAUUGAGAAAAUCCUGACCAUGGUCCCAACUGAGGAGGAGAAGCAGAAGAUCCAGGAGGCCCAAUUGGCCAACCCUGAUGUGCCCUUGGGCUCGGCAGAGCAGUUUCUGCUUGCCUUGUCUUCCAUCAGCGAUCUCACAGCCAGACUCCAGCUCUGGGCCUUCAAGCUGGACUACGAGAGCCUGGAGCAGGAGAUUGCAGAGCCGCUCUUUGAUCUGAAGGUGGGCAUGGAGCAACUGGCCAGAAAUCACACCUUCAAGUGCAUCCUGGCCACGCUGCUGGCCAUGGGCAACUUCUUGAAUGGCUCCCAGAGCAGAGGCUUUGAGCUGGGCUACCUGGAGAAGGUCUCAGAAGUGAAGGACACGGUGCACCGGCAGUCCCUACUCCACCAUCUCUGCCAGAUGGUGGUAGAGAAGUUCCCAGAAACCACUGACCUCUACUCGGAGAUCGCCUCUAUCACCCGCUGUGCCAAGGUUGACUUUGAUGAAAUCGCCAACAGCCUGGUGCAGCUGGAGCGGAGGUGCAGGGCCUCCUGGGACAACCUGAAGGUGAUUGCCAAGCACGAGACCAAGCCGGUGCUGAAGAGCAAGCUGACGGACUUCCUCAAGGACAGCACCCAGCGCAUUGUUGUCUUGAAGGUGGUGCACAGGCGCGUCCUCAACAGGUUUCACUCCUUCCUGCUGUACCUGGGUUACCCGGUGAGCGUGGCACGGGACGUGAAGGUGACGCCCAUCUGCAAGCUGCUGCGGGAGUUCGCCUUGGAGUACCGCACUUGCCGGGAGCGCGUCCUGCAGCAGCAGAAGAAACGGGCUGCCCACCGCGAGCGCAACAAGACCCGGGGACGGCUCAUCACCGAGACCGAGAAGUUCUCUGGCAUCACCGAGGCUGCUUCACCGCCCGCCGUGGUGUCCAGCGGCCCUGAGCAGCAGAUGGAAGCGGGUCACGAGAGCAUGAAGAUCCUGCUGACCUCCCCCACAGAUGCCCCUGCCCGCCGCAGCCGGGCCAGCCAGGGGACAGGGCAUACCACCCCGGCCCAGGGCUCCCCGGCCCAGGGCUCUCCAGCCCAGGAGGAUGUUCCCAGCUCCCCAGACGAUGCUUCGGAUGAAAUCAUGGACCGGCUGGUGAAAUCGGUGACCCUCAACGCCAACCCCCGGCCCUGCCCCAACAAGGAGCGCAGGAGGUCCCGCGGCAAUCGGAAGUCCUUGCGACGGACGCUGAAGAGCGGGCUCAGCGAUGACCUGGUGCAGGCGCUGGGCCUGGGGCGGGCGCCCGGUAUGGACGUGUGA